AUGGCUACCGCACAAGUUGCAGAGCCCGAACUCCCCUUCUUCAAAUUUCCACCCUUCCCUAGACCUCCGGAGGGCGCGGGCAUCAUGCCGUUCAAAGAGUUUAAGCCUCGCGGAAUCCAGCUUUUCGCUCAUAUGAAGAAAUCUGGAGAUCAAGGUGGAGAUGAAGACGAUGAAGGCAUUGAGAUCGAGGUUGAUGGUCUCGGCGUCCCUACGGUUGAACUUCGCGUUAAACAUGAUUCGGAUGAAUGUAAGAGCGACAAGCGCAAGAAACACAAAAAGAAGAAGAAGACGGUGACCUCUGCCGGCGUUCCCGUCCAGAGACUUCCAUGGUACGAGGAAUGGGAGGAGGGUGAAGACUUGAGGGUGACGAAGAAUGUUUAUGAUCAGAGUAUCCCACCGACAGAUCGGUUGUUCCAAUCCGCCCUCGACUUCCGCACUGGAAGGCCGUGGCCCCCCGCUGCGUCUGGCCUUAAUAAUAUCUGGGAUCAGUUCCGUAUUUACGUCGGACUGCUUGUUAAUCCAACUACCUAUAAGAAAGGCGAUGAUAAGAAGGCUGCUCACAACCCUUCUCCUGAUUCUGACUCUGAGGAUGAUAGCGACGGUGAUUCCCCCCCAACUGCAUCUACGUGCGCGAAGGUCGAAGGCAUUUCAAAAAAACGUCCUCGUCCCCGUGACUCAUCUUCGUCUGCGGUCGAGAACAGUGACGAGGACGAGGACGUACCGUUCGAUCAGCAAAAGAUUGACGAGGAAACCAAGGAAGAGAAGCUCUCGGUCUUUUUGAGUGAUCCAGAAAAAUCAGUCCGAAUCUUUCUGUCUUCGCACAUGCGUGAAAAGGGCCUCAUCUGGUCCGAGCGUAAUCUAAUCUCUGCGCCUCAUCUAUUGUCCUUUUUCCUCAGGUUCGUCCUCCGCAACCGUGUGCUCCCCGAACAGACGUACCAACGUGGAAUAAAACGAGCCCUCGGGACAAUUGAUCUGGCGAAGAAGGAACUUCCCCUCACGUAUAAAGUCGGUCAUAUGCUCCCCGACAAAUGCAGCGAAGGAUGCCAGGGGAUUUUUGGACGGAUGGGCACGGUGAACUGGUUCACUGCCACCGUUCCGGAAGAACAGAUGAAAGAACCUUCUGGGGAACAAUCGAAAUUGCAAGUAACCGACACGGCAACGGGAGAACGGCAAGACAUCACAUUGCCGCCCGAAGCGGAAAUUUCCCUGAAGGAAGCGAUCGAAGACAAUCUUGACAUGGACGUUACCCCACAGCUAGAGCAAGGAUCGACGGCAACUGGAUGGGGUAACUGGUGCAAUACCGAUGCUGCGGCCGAAGUCAAUGCAUGGGGUUCUGGUGAAUGGGGUGGAUGGGACGCCAAUGAUGGGCAAGGAACGCCAUGGGACGCUAAUAUUGAAUGUAUGCCUGCCGACAAUGACCGAGAGUGUAGCGGUCCUCUUCCUAUCUGGUCGGACAGCGCGCCAACAUGGGGCCGCGACUUGACAUCACUCAUGGCUUUCCUCGGUCCUAGUGUCUUCCCGCUAACUCACACCACGGGUAUCGUUGAGUGCUCCACACGUCGCGUCCGUGAAGUCAUCGCUCCCACUUCGUCUUCUCCGUCGUCUGCCACCAAGCGGAAGCCAAAACACAAAGAUGGACGGGAGGCAUGGGUGCCCGCAGCGUCAGGUGUUGAAGCAGAACUCGAUGCUCGAUUCGCUAAAGUUGUUCUCGCGCCGUGGGACCGUUUCGGUGGAGAUAUCUCCAAGCCGGAGAUAUGGGCAACCUCGCGCGGUCCCGUCAUUGACCCAAAUGUAUCUUCCGAUUCACAAAACACAAAGACAGGUGAAACGCCACACAAUCCACUGACGGACGAUAUCGCUUUACUCGUCGAGCCGCACCUCAUUGAUACGCUCGGCGUCGUUCCCGGUCUCGGACUGGGCGCGAUGUGGGUCCAACUCGUGCGAUUGGAAGACAAGGAAGGGGAGGUAGUGAGCAGCAAGUCUCGCACUGCGUGCCCGAAGAUUUUUUGGUAUCAUGAAGAUCUUACCGGUAUUUUCCCCAGUUUCUAUACCCCCGGAUCCUCUGAAUAG